AUGAAUUUAGAAGACGCACGCAACACAAAUAAACUGUAUCGGCCUUCUGAGCGACUACGUCGAAUUGUUAGAAUAACUCGAAUUUGUGGCGAUAUCUGCGGUGCCGAUGUAUUAGAUCCAAAUUAUCGUGUCAACAUCCGGACCUAUCUGGUAUUCCUGGUAAUCAAUUUCAGUAUUAUAUUCUUUGGUUACACAAUUUACAAGGGUUGGACUGAUGGCGAUGAUGAUUGGAAAAUAAUUCUACAGGUUCUAACAGUGGGAGGGGGAACUCUUGCACAAGGAUACUGUAAGCUGGUCAAUUCCAUCGGACAACAAUCGAAUUUUCGUUACCUGCUGGACGAGAUAUAUUCGGUAUUCGAGGAAUACGAAUUAAAAUCUCCUAAUUACAGGGUGUUUUUGAACCAAGGCUGUCAACUGCUUACUUAUUUCAUGAAAUUGUGUGCCAUUGUAAAUAUUGCAAUGAUUUGUGGUCUGAUCCUGGUAGCAAUAGCAAUUAGUGUAGUCUUUAACAAACAUCAACUUAUUGUCUACGGUAAUGUCAUCGGAGCAGAUCCAACAACACCCAACGGAUUCAUUGUGACAAUGAUUGUUCAAUCGGGAUUUUUAAUGGUCGGUGGUUUCGGACUUUAUGCUGGUGAUAUGGCAUUCUUCACGCCAAUUUCACAAGUUGCCACAAUGAAGGGAGUCCUGCGUUGCAAGUUUGAGGACAUCAAUGCUGCCGUGGUAGGAGAAAAUCGCUCACAUCAUUCACAGAUUUCCCAUCUAUUGAGUGAUACAUAUUACUGGGUAAUUUUGGUUCAAAUUUGCACAUAUUCGAUUGGCAUAGUGUGCUCUCUCUUUUGCAUACUGUUGGGAACAUGGCCUGGAGGAUAUAUAUACAUGAUAUAUUGCCUUGUAAUGAUGUUCGUGUAUUGUGGUAUUGGAACAAUGGUGGUUGUAACUAAUGACGGUUUUAUUAAAUUCUGCUACAAUGAUAUACUUUGGUACAGACUAAGUGCAUCUGAUAGAAAAUCCAUCAUUUACAUGUUGAUGGUAUGCCAAAAUACUGGUGGAUUAACAAUUGGAUCGGUGCUGCCAUUAUCCAUGAAUACGGGAUUGAAAGUUACCAAAACUAUCUAUUCUAUUGCAAUGAUGUUAUUAAAUAUUGUGGAAUAA